AUGCAGCUCCUUGUGUUUCCUAGCCCAGGCCGAGAUGUCCGCUUUAAAGUUGUGGGUAAGGAAGGCUCUCUUUCCUCUUGAAGAAAUAAUAAGACUGGUCUGUUAGAAAGAAGGGGAGUGGGUCAGGUGUGUGUGUUUGUUGGGGCAUGAAAUAUAGGGGAACUUCUUGAAACGUUAUCUGGGCUCCUCAGUGGGGUCCCACUGUGCCUCCCUUGGUGUCUGCCAAGUCUCCUGCCGCUCUCAAUUUAUUUUUAUUAUGUCUUCAUUGUGAGGGUUUGGAAAGGUUAUUUGGUGGAAUGGCUGCCUGCAUUUUUGUUUGAUUUGUUUUGAGGUGUGUGUAGGUGUCUUCCACUUUGGGGAGAGUUUCUCCAGCGUUGCCAGUCUUUCCUCUGUGAAAUGGGCAUUUUUUUGUGGCGCCCACAACAGUUCCUUGGCUUCUCAAAUGUGUCUCUGGGUCUUAAAAGGUUGGAGUGGUAGGACCCCUGCUUUAUGCUUACCUAUGGCAGAAUGGUUCUUUGGAAGGUGGAUGCCAAACAGCAGGUCUGUGUGUUCUUUGUUAGUACUGGCCAGGGAGAGGGGAUUCAGUAACCUCUCAAAGGAGAGGUCACAGGGAAGCAGAGGUAUGUAGUUGCCCUCUUAUUCUGGUCGUCUAAAAAUGACCAAGAAAAAAGAUUUCUGGCAAGCUAUAGAAGCUGCAGGCUUUUAGCUCCCAUUAAAUCCCACAGUACUAUUUUCUUUAAAUGCUGCAGCAGCUGCCUUGCUUAGCUGUAUUUAAAGCUGUGUUGCUUCAGUGGAGCACUUCAGAAUACCUCACACUCCUUGUAAUGGGAGUGAUGCUCCUUGCCAGCCACCUCCUUUGUGGUAGGUUGCAACAGCUUUGUGGCAAUGGCAGCUUUUCUCUUCAUGGUUUUGGAUAUCUGUAUCUAGAAUGAGAAGGUUUAGUUUAGUUGAAGAAAAUGCUCAAAGCUGUGAAACUGGGGAGGCCACGGGGAGAGUUGCAGUUCCUGUACGUGUGGCUAGAGCCAAGGCUUUGAGGGCGUGGUGGCGAGAAUAGAAACUCAAAGAACUGCAAACAUUCUCCCCAAACUAGGCUUUAUUAAAAAGCUUGUUUUACGACAAUUGUGCUGCUUGUUAAAAAAAUUAGGAGACUUCACAGUAUAAUUUAGGCUCUAUCUGCACUCCCCAUUUAAAGAAGCAGCAUGCCACUUUAAACAGCCAUGGCUUCUUCCCCCAAAGAAUCCUGCGAGCUGUAGUUUAAGGGCAUGUAGAGUUGUUAAGGGUACCCCCUAGUCCCCUCAGAGUUAAAAUUUCCAGAGUUCUCUGUGAAGAGGGAUUGAUCAACUACUCUGUGAACUGUAGCUCUGGAAGGGUCUCCAAGCAACUCUCAGCACACUUAAUUACAGUUCCUAGUAUUCUUUGGAGGAUGGGAAGCAGUAUGAUUCUGCUUUAAAUGUAUGGUGUGAAUGUGGCCUUAGUCUGAUUAAGCCUACAAUUGUUGGCACAUAGGGAUUCCAGCAGAGCCCCCUCUCAAGUUAACAGGCAUAUUAACUGACUAUUGCAAAAUGUUUUUCCUUGGUCCUAUGGGGAAUACUCACUGAAAUAAUUGCAGCAGUAAUGAGCAUGUUGGUCUAGCACAGGCAUCCCCAAACCUGCCAUCCAGAUGUUUGGGAACUACAGUUCCCAUCAUCCCUGACCACUGGUUCUGUUAGCUAGGGAUGAUGGGAGUUGCAGUCCCAAAACAGCUGGAGGGCUGAGUUUGGGGGUGCCUGGUCUAGCACCUGUUGUUGGAGGCAUAGCUCUUGAAUUGGCCUUAUUAUUGGAUUUCAAAGCAAGUGAAAAGUUCACACUCUUUCUAUGUGGUUCAGGCACUAACUGAUAAUAAGGGACACACAUCUGAAGAACUUUAGAAGUCUCAACCAAUGCAAAUAAGUUUUCUUGAGCUGUUGCAUCUCUCGGUGGCUAAUGCAUUAACCUCUCAUCAACAGAUGAGUUUGGGAUAGCCUUUGAAGUUUCAAAUUGCUCAAUCUGCCGCCACUGGAUCACAUCUAAUGGGGCUAUUGCUUUCUCUGCUGGCUACGGUGGCUGUCACGUACUAAAUAAGGUGAGGCUCUUCUGGAUUUUGUGUUGCAGGCUUCCCUGGAAACCCUAUACUGCAUGGCCAACAUUGUCAUUCUGAAUUACGCAAUAUAAUUUUAUAUGGACAUCUGGAUUGUGCCCUUAAGACCUCAGGGGAAUUGUAUAAGCAGCCCUUCUGAGAGCAUGUUUAGGGUUCUGUUGUUGUUUAGUCAUUUAGUCGUGUCCAACUCUUCGUGAUCCCAUGGACCAGAGCACGCCAGGCACUCCUGCCUUCUACUGCCUCCCGCAGUUUGGUCAGACUCAUGUUUGUAGCUUUGAGAACACUGUCCAACCAUCUCAUCCUCUGUUGUCCCCUUCUCCUUGUGCCCUCCAUCUUUCCCAACAUCAGGGUCUUUUCCAGGGAGUCUUCUCUUCUCAUGAGGUGGCCAAAGUAUUGGAGUCUCAGCUUCACGAUCUGUCCUUCCACUGAGCACUCAGGGCUGAUUUCCUUAAGAAUGGAGAGGUUUGAUCUUCUUGCAGUCCAUGGGACUCUCAAGAGUCUCCUCCAGCACCAUAGUUCAAAAGCAUCAAUUCUUCGGCGAUCAGCCUUCUUGAUGGUCCAGCUCUCACUUCCAUACAUCACUACUGGGAAAACCAUGGCUUUAACUAUACGGACCUUUGUUGGCAAGGUGAUGUCUCUGCUUUUUAAGAUGCUGUCUAGGUUUGCCAUUGCCUUUCUCCCAAGGAGCAGGCAUCUUUUAAUUUCGUGACUGCUGUCACCAUCUGCCGUGAUCGUAGAGCCCAGGAAAGUAAAAUCUCUCACUGCCUCCAUUUCUUCCCCUUCUAUUCGCCAGGAGGUGAUGGGACCAGUGGCCAUGAUCUUCGUUUUUUUAAUGUUGAGCUUCAGACCAUAUUUUGCGCUCUCCUCUUUCACCCUCAUUAAAAGGUUCUUUAGGGUUCUAGGACUCGGGAAAAGAGCAAUGUAAGCUUUUGCUUGCAGAUGUUCGGCUUGGGCAGAUGGACUCCAAAGGCAGAGAAGUAGCCCUGUUCUGUAUGAGUCCCCUUCACAUGUGAUGCACAUGUGAAAGGGGCUGCUGAUCUUCCCAGCUCCUUCUGUUCUUCCAACAGUCCUGUAAGGUACUUUAGGUUGAGAGGGAGUGAUUGGCCCAGGGUCAGCCCAUGAACUUCUUGACUGUGCAAGGAUUUGAGUCGCCCACUCUUCUAAUUACAUAAUUUCAGGAAACCUUGCUGUAAGGCAGGUAAUAGGCCUAACUUGGGGGUAGGGAGCCUGUUACCCGACUGCCAAUUUCCAUCAGACAUGCUGGCUGGGUUUAGUUUUUACAUUUAUAGCUACCUCUGGAACCUAGCAACAUUUGAGAGGCACAGGUUCACCAGGUUCCCUAGUCACUUCUGAUUUUUGCUUUAGUGAUUUUGCAAAUAGCUGGCUAUGCAGAAAGUCCAAGUAUAAGAAAGGGUAGAAUUGUCUUCCAAAGUAUAGCAACAUGUGCAGUAGAGAACUGAACAGCCUAAAACCAGGGUGUAGAACUCAGUGAAGCCCAAGGGGAACAAGGUCCACAAGGGGAAGGAGAGCAGGGAAAGUCCUGUUGAGUAAUUGGACCUCAUGCCAUGCACACCGCUUAGUUGUAUCCUGCCCAUGAUCUUGGCCAACUACUGCAGCAGAAAUCCUCUGUCAGGAAAAUUAGCUCUGUUGUAUAGACAUUUAAGAUGAGCGUUUAGAUGUUUUGGGAGGAUGCUUCUCACCUGGUACCUAGCAAUCCAGUCCACUAGCUUAGUCGGUAUUCGGCCAAAUAAAUUUAAAUUCAUUAUCAAAACAAGAUUCAUAUGUCAUAGCAAGACUAUGAUAAUGCCUUGUAACAGGUACAUUGGUAUUUGACUCUAAAACCUCAGUAUUCUAUAUCUGUCCUGACUAAUCAAUGUGACAGAAACUUGCAAUGGUUCAAUGUAUCUUGCAGGAUAACAGCAAUAACUUGAAAGUCCGGAUAGAAGAACUAACAAGCAACAGAAGAGUUGUUGUCUCCCAUGAUGUCAACAUAAUAUGCCCCAAGCCACAAGAAUAUGUCCCAGCACCAGAGGACAACAUGCGUCAUGUGCCUCAGCCCCAGCCUGGUGUGGUGCGCCCUCUGCCUCAUUCCCAGCCUGGCCUAGAGUUCCCGCUACCUCAGCCUUGGCCCAGCCACGUGCACCCACAACCUCAGCCUCAGCCUGACCAAGAGCGUCCAGUGCCUGGCUUAAUACGCCCAGAAACCCAACCUGGCAUAGUGCGCCCGCAGCCUCAACCUCAGCCUGGCCAGUUGCGCCCGCAGCCCCAGCCUAAGCCCCAGCCUGGUUUAGAGCAUCCAGUGCCUGGCCUGAUCCGCCCAGAGCCCCAGCCUGGCAUAGUACGACCACAGCCCCAGCCUGGCGUAGUGCACCCGUGGCCUCAGCCCGGCCAAGUGCACCCACUGCCUCAGCCUCAGCCCGGCAAAGUACAGCCUCAGCCCGGUCUAGUGCACCCACAGCCUCAGCCUCAGCCCGGCCUAGUGCGCCCGCUGCCUCAACCUCAGCCUCAGCCCGGCCAAGUGCACCCACUGCCCCAGCCUCAGCCUGGCCAAGUGCGCCCACUGCCCCAGCCUCAGCCCGGCCAAGUGCACCCACUGCCCCAGCCUCAGCCUGGCCAAGUGCGCCCACUGCCCCGGCCUCAGCCCGGCCAAGUGCACCCACUGCCUCAGCCUCAGCCCGGCCAAGUGCGCCCCCUGCCUCAGCCUCAGCCCGGCCAAGUGCACCCACUUCCUCAGCCGCAGCCUGGUCAAGUGCACCCAUGGCCUCAGCCUCAGCCUGGUCAAGUGCGCCCACUGCCUCAGCCCGGCCAAGUGCACCCGCUGCCUCAGCCUCAGCCCGGCCUAGUGCGCCCGCUGCCUCAGCCUCAGCCCGGCCUAGUGCGCCCGCUGCCUCAACCUCAGCCUCAGCCCGGCCUAGUGCGCCCGCUGCCUCAGCCUCAGCCUGGCCAAGUGCACCCGCUGCCUCAGCCUCAGCCCGGCCAAGUGCGCCCGCUGCCUCAGCCUCAGCCCGGCCUAGUGCGCCCGCUGCCUCAGCCUCAGCCUGGCCAAGUGUACCCGCUGCCUCAGCCUCAGCCCGGCCAAGUGCACCCACUGCCUCAGCCUCAGCCCGGCCAAGUGCGCCCGCUGCCUCAGCCUCAACCCGGUGAAGUACAGCCUCAGCCUCAGCCUGGCCAAGUGCGCCCAUGGCCUCAGCCUCAGCCUGGUCAAGUGCGCCCGCUGCCUCAGCCUCAACCUGGUGAAGUACAGCCUCAGCCUCAGCCUGGUCAAGUGCGCCCGCUGCCUCAGCCUCAGCCCGGCCAAGUGCACCCCCUGCCUCCGCCUGGCCAAGUGCACCCACAGCCUCAGCCCGGCCAAGUGCACCCGCUGCCUCUGCCUCAACCUCAACCUCAGCCUCAGCCCGGCCUAGUGCGCCCGCUGCCUCAGCCUCAGCCCGGCCUAGUGCGCCCGCUGCCUCAGCCUCAGCCCGGCCAAGUGCGCCCGCUGCCUCAGCCUCAGCCCGGCCAAGUGCGCCCGCUGCCUCAGCCUCAGCCUCAGCCCGGCCAAGUGCACCCGCUGCCUCAGCCUCAGCCCGGCCUAGUGCGCCCGCUGCCUCAGCCUCAGCCUGGCCAAGUGCACCCGCUGCCUCAGCCUCAGCCCGGCCAAGUGCACCCGCUGCCUCAGCCUCAGCCCGGCCUAGUGCGCCCGCUGCCUCAGCCUCAGCCCGGCCUAGUGCGCCCGCUGCCUCAGCCUCAGCCCGGCCAAGUGCGCCCGCUGCCUCAACCUCAGCCUCAGCCCGGCCAAGUGCACCCGCUGCCUGAGCCUCAGCCCGGCCUAGUGCGCCCGCUGCCUCAGCCUCAGCCCGGCCAAGUGCGCCCGCUGCCUCAACCUCAGCCUCAGCCCGGCCUAGUGCGCCCGCUGCCUCAGCCUCAGCCUGGCCAAGUGCACCCGCUGCCUCAGCCUCAGCCCGGCCAAGUGCACCCGCUGCCUCAGCCUCAGCCUCAGCCCGGCCUAGUGCGCCCGCUGCCUCAGCCUCAGCCUCAGCCCGGCCUAGUACGCCCGCUGCCUCAGCCUCAGCCCGGCCAAGUGCACCCACUGCCUCAGCCUCAGCCCGGCCAAGUGCACCCGCUGCCUCAGCCGCAGCCUGGCCAAGUGCACCCACUACCUCAACCUCAGCCUCAGCCCGGCCAAGUGCGCCCGCUGCCUCAGCCUCAACCCGGUGAAGUACAGCCUCAGCCUCAGCCUGGCCAAGUGUACCCGCUGCCUCAGCCUCAGCCCGGCCAAGUGCACCCACUGCCUCAGCCUCAGCCUGGUCAAGUGCGCCCGCUGCCUCAGCCUCAACCCGGUGAAGUACAGCCUCAGCCUCAGCCUGGUCAAGUGCGCCCGCUGCCUCAGCCUCAGCCCGGCCAAGUGCACCCGCUGCCUCAACCUCAACCUCAGCCUCAGCCCGGCCUAGUGCGCCCGCUGCCUCAGCCUCAGCCCGGCCUAGUGCGCCCGCUGCCUCAGCCUCAGCCCGGCGAAGUGCACCCACAGCCCCAGCCUGGCAUAGUGCACCCGUGGCCUCAGCCCGGCCAAGUGCGCCCACUGCCUCAGCCUCAGCCCGGCAAAGUACAGCCUCAGCCCGGUCUAGUGCACCCACGGCCUCAGCCUCAGCCUCAGCCCGGCCUAGUGCGCCCGCUGCCUCAACCUCAGCCUCAGCCCGGCCAAGUGCACCCACUGCCCCAGCCUCAGCCCGGCCAAGUGCGCCCACUGCCCCAGCCUCAGCCCGGCGAAGUGCGCCCCCUGCCUCAGCCUCAGCCCGGCCAAGUGCGCCCCCUGCCUCAGCCUCAGCCCGGCCAAGUGCACCCACUUCCUCAGCCGCAGCCUGGUCAAGUGCACCCAUGGCCUCAGCCUCAGCCCGGCCUAGUGCGCCCACUGCCUCAGCCUCAGCCCGGCCUAGUGCGCCCGCUGCCUCAGCCUCAGCCCGGCCUAGUGCGCCCGCUGCCUCAACCUCAGCCUCAGCCCGGCCUAGUGCGCCCGCUGCCUCAACCUCAGCCUCAGCCCGGCCAAGUGCACCCACUGCCUCAGCCGCAGCCUGGCCAAGGGCACCCACUACCUCAACCUCAGCCUCAGCCCGGCCAAGUGCGCCCCCUGCCUCAGCCUCAGCCCGGCCAAGUGCACCCACUUCCUCAGCCGCAGCCUGGUCAAGUGCACCCAUGGCUUCAGCCUGGUCAAGUGCGCCCGCUGCCUCAGCCUCAACCCGGCCAAGUGCACCCGCUGCCUCAGCCUCAGCCCGGCCAAGUGCGCCCACUGCCUCAGCCUCAGCCCGGCCAAGUGCGCCCGCUGCCUCAACCUCAGCCUCAGCCCGGCCUAG